UGAUCUGCGAAGUGAGUCACAGUCCUGUGAGUAAUUUUCUUGGAAUUUAAGGAAAAAUAACUUCGGACAUUGUCAUUUGAAAUAUAAUUCUCGCUGCGCGUAGUUUAAUUCAUGUGACGUUUUGUCAUUAGAUGGGUUGCCAACAUAACCAGAAACCACACUUUUGCGUAUUAUUUGAAGUUUGAAUCCGCAAUAACUUCAAAGAGGGGACAAGUUUUGGUGUAACCUAAUCUCACAAGAACAUAGCUGUGACAGACAGGAACCUGUUUUAUACGUUUUGCUUUGGAGAAGAUACACCCGUCGUGGAGGGAAGGCUUCCUUGUUCAGUGUGGAAUGCUAGCGGACCGGUGGCAAGCCGAGGCUGAAGGAGCAUGGUGAAGCACCAACCCUUGCAGCAGGUCUAUGAGAAGCAGCUGUGUUUGUCCUUCCUCACUGGGAUCUAUGGCUGCCGGUGGAAACGCUACCAGCGUUCACAUGACGACAGCUCCAAGUGGGAGUGUGCAUGGUUCAUCAUCUUGUGCAGCACCUUCUCCCUGCUCCUCUUCUGGGCUUACUUCUGGUUGGAGGCCCACAAUGACUACAACCAAUUCAAUUGGUUACUAUACAACCGUUCUGGGGAAUGGAAGGACGGGACUGUCCCCAUUCUGGCAACCACCGCAGUUGGCUUUAGUUACAUUACAUUUUUAAUGAUUUUAGCACUGUGUCAUAUUUCACUGGGACAGCAGCUGAACCUCUACUGGAUCCACAAGAUUGGUGUGUUGGCUGCCUUGAUCACCACUGUCAGUGGCGUGGUCUCCAUCGAUGACGUCUGGGGGGACGAAUGGGACAUCAUCCUCAUAUCUCUACAGUCCACAGGGCCUUUCCUGCACAUAGGAGCUCUGGCUGCCGUCACAGUGCUGGGCUGGCUAGUUGCUGAACAGGUGGUCCGUGCAGAGAGAACCAAGUUCCACAUGAUAUUGCUGCUGGUUUACCUGAGUGUCCUGCUGGCCCUCUACAUGGCUCCCCUCGCCAUCUCCUCACCCUGCAUCAUGGACAAGAACAGCCUCAAAUCUCGACCUGACGUCAUUGGACGACGGGGAGCGCCAAUGCUGGCUCCAGAGAACACCCUGAUGUCCUUCAACAAGGCUCUGCAGCAGGGGGUUAGCUCCUUGGAGGCUGACGUCACCGUCAGUCUGGACGGGGUGCCCUUCCUGAUGCGAGACCGCACCUUGAAACGGACCACUGACAUCGCCAAGGUCUUUCCAGACAGGCAGCACGAGGAUGCCUCUCUCUUCAACUGGACAGAGAUUCGCUCUCUAAAUGCAGGGCAGUGGUUUUUGGAGAACGACCCCUUCUGGACUGUUGGGUCUCUGACAGGGAGGGACCGGAACCGGAUUCGGAACCUGACAGUGUGUAGCCUGGUAGAGAUGUUGCGUCUGGCUGCCAGGGCCAACCGGUCAGCCCUGUUGUAUCUUCGCAGACCUCCCCCAGAACACCCACACUACAAGACCUGGAUCAUGGACACCCUGUGGGCCGUCCAGAGGUCUGGGAUAUCACAGAAGAGAGUGACGUGGACCCCGGACACAGACAGGGGCCGUGUCAGGGGUCUGCAGCAGACCUCGUUGGAGAAGCUGUCAGUGGAGGAGCUCAGACACAGAGGCAUCAGCAGCCUUACCCUGCGCUACUCACAGGCCAGCAACAAGGACAUUCAGGACUUCUUGGCAAACAACAUGAGUGUGACGGUGUACCCGGUGAAUGAGCCGUGGCUUUACUCAGUGCUGUGGUGCAGCGGGGUGUCUUCUGUCUCCUCUGACACCCCUCAGGUCCUCCGCAAGGUGCCUUACCCCAUCUGGCUUAUGAGCCCAGAUAAAUACUGCUUGGUCUGGAUCACCUCCGAUCUAGUCUCCAUCGCCAUAGUUAUAGGAAUAUUCAUCUUUCAAAAGUGGAGGAUGAGUGGCAUGCAGAACUACAAUCCAGAGCAGAUCAUGCUGAGUGCUGUGGCGCGCAGGCCCAGCCGGGAUGUCAACAUCAUGAAGGAGAAGCUCAUAUUCUCAGAGGUAAGUAAUGGAGUGACCAGUACAGAUGAACAUCUAUAUCCAGAGAAUGGCUAUGACAUUGGGCAGUACAAGUGAGCUGUGUCUCUGUACCUGGAGAAUGGCCAGGACAAUGGUCCAUUCAGAUGAACUGCCUCUAUACCAUGAGAAUGGCUAUGCCAAUGUGCAGGAAGGAUGAGUUGUCUCUGUACCUGUCUGCGCUGGUUGUGACAGCUACACUUAUGACGGCAUAACAUGGUGACCGCAACAGGCAGAAUCACAAUGGCUGCUAAUGUAAACAUGGAUGUUUCUACCAACAUGUCGGAAGUUCGAACUUUAAAAAGUUCUGAAUGUUCAAUAUUUUGAAGACUGUUGACCUUCUUGCUGGAGUGACUUUUUUAGAAGUUGUUCUGACGGAUCAUGGGAUGUUUUUCUUCGAUAAUUUGUUUAUAUAGCAGAGGAAAAGCGUCCUGCUCUGGACAUUGAGUUGAGUUUUUCUGUUAUUUUAUUUUCCCUCAGAGGAUUUUCAUGGUUUGGAGUUCUGAAUACUAUGAUAUAAGACUGAAUUCACUAACAUGUGUCUCCUCUCCUAUCGAUGUGUGAAUGACAUUUUGCAUUAUGGGAGUGAACUGUUCUUGCAUUGUCAAAUCAAAUCAAAUUUUACUGGUCACAUACAUAUGGUUAGCAGAUGUUAUUGCGAGUGUAGCGAAAUACUUAUGCUUCUAGAUCCGACAGACAGUGCAGCAGUAUCUAACAGGUAAUACAAUUGAAGUCGGAAGUUUACAUACACCUUAGCCAAAUACAUUUAAACUCAGUUUUUCACAAUUCCUGACAUUUAAUCCUAAGAAAACUUCCCUGUCUUAGGUCAGUUAGGAUCACCACUUUAUUUGAAAUGUCAGAAUAAUAGUAGAGAGAAUGAUUUAUUUCAACUUUUAUUUCUUUCAUCACAGUCCCAGUGGGUCAAAAGUUUUGGGUAGCCUUCCACAAGCUUCCCACAAUAAGUUGGGUGGAUUUUGGACCAUUCCUCCUGACAGAGCUGGUGUAACUGAGUCAGGUUUGUAGGCCUCCUUGCUCGCACACACUUUUUCACUUUUGCCCACAAAUGUUCUAUAGGAUUGAGGUCAGGGCUUUGUGAUGGCCACUCCAAUACCUUGACUUUGUUGUCCUGAAGCCAUUUUGCCACAACUUUGGAAGUAUGCUUCGGGUCAUUGUCUCUUUGAAAGACCCAUUUGUGACCAAGCUUUAACUUCCUGACUGAUGUAUUGAGAUGUUGCGUCAAUAUAUCCACAUCAUUUUCCAUCCUUAUGAUGCCAUGCAUUUUGUGGAGUGCACCAGUCCCUCCUGCAGCAAAGCACCCCCACAACAUAGUGCUGCCACCCCUGUGCUCCAUGGUUGGGAUGGUGUUCUUUGGCUUGCAAGCCUCCCCCUUUUUCCUCCAAACAUAACGAUGGUCAUUAUGGCCAAACAGUUCUAUUUUUGUUUCAUCAGACCAGAGGACAUUUCUCCAAAUAGUAUGAUCUUUGUCCCCAUGUGCAGUUACAAACCGUAGUCUGGCUUUGUUAUGGUGGUUUUGGAGCAGUGGCUUCUUCCUUGCAGAGUGGCCUUUCAGGUUAUGUCGAUAUAGGACUCGUUUUGCUGUGGAUAUAGAUACUUUUUUACCUGUUUCCUCCAGCAUCUUCACAAUGUGUUUAGCUGUUGUUCUGGGAUUGAUUUGCACUUUUCGCACCAAAGUACGUUCAUCUCUAGGAGACAGAACGUGUCUCCUUCCUGAGCGGUAUGUUGGCUGCAUGGUCCCAUGGUGUAUAUACUUGCGUACUAUUGUUUGUACAGAUGAACGUGGUACCUUCAGGCAUUUGGAAAUUGCUCCCAAGGAUGAACCAGACUUGUGGAGGUCUGCAAUUUUUUCUGAGGUCUUGGCUGAUUUCUUUUGAUUUUCCCCAAAUGUCUAGCAAAGAGGCACUGAGUUUGAAGGUAUGCUUUGAAAUAUAUCCACAGGUACACCUCCAAUUGACUCAAUUGAUGUCAAUUAGCCUAUCAGAAGCUUGUAAAGCCAUGACAUCAUUUUCUGGAAUUUUCCAAGCUGUUUAAAGGCACAGUCAACUUAGUGUAUGUAAACUUCUGACCCACUGGAAUUGUGAUACUGUAACUUAUAAGUGAAAUAAUCUGUCUGUAAACAAUUGUUGGCAAACAAUUACU